AUGACAGAUGCUCCAUGGCUGUGCUGGGCCUUUGCCACCUCGCUGUUGCAUGCACAGGUUGACAGUGCUCUGCGCCUUUGUGCUCAACAUCAACUCCAGCAUGCCAUGUCUCAGCGACACAUCAUGAAUAUGAACACGAGCCCCUCGCUGUGUGUUGUAUGCAUGAUGAAGAUAAAGAGCACCCUUGCUGUCGUUUGUACACCCAACCCUGCCAUCACCUACAUGCUGUGGGCUGCACCCAUAGUCACUGCCCUCGACAAACCAACAACCCACCGUUUUGCAAAUCGGGCGACACGUACACAAUCCGCAAAGGCAAUUUCCUGCCGAUUGCCCAUCUUGAUGCCCAUGUUAUGA